UCAGCCGCAGAGUCCGGGAGCGGUCCCUGCCAGGUCUCCAUGGCGACCGGACGCGGUCGGAUCCUGCAGCAGCACUUGCCUGGCCUCCAGCCUCUGGGCUGGCCUCUCCGCGGCGGCGGCGCGGGGCGAAGGAGCGCGGGCCCGGCUGUGGGGCGCGCCGGGGCCUCCGGGUUCAGAAGGGGACCAGGGUUCCAGUUUGCAGGCCGUCCUGCCCUGUGGCAGCCUCCCAAAGAUGGGCAGCGCCAUGGACACUCCUGCAGCCACUCUGCAUUCCUGGAUAGAAUGCCUUCAGAAAUUUUGCUGAAGAUAUUUUCCUACUUGGAUGCUGUGAGCCUGCUGUGUACUGGAUGUGUAAACAGACGCCUUUAUCAUCUGGCCAAUGACAAUUUUAUUUGGAUCAGAAUCUACUCAGCUUCAUUUCCACCUAAAAGAUCUAAUUGGAAAUUUAACUCCAUAGAGGAAACAGCUGUGUCUAUGAGUGCACUGUCAGUUGAGGAUAAAGAAGCUGGCUAUUGGAAGACGGAAUAUAUUGCGAAACAAAUGGCAUCUGUAAAAGCCACACUAGCUCAGGUUCUCAAACCUGUCGACCCUUACACAGGCCUUCCUGUGAAGACCAGAGAGGCCCUCAGAAAAUCUGGUUUAGGUUGGGCAAUUAUAUUGAAAGAAAAAAAUGGAAAGGAGUAUGUCAUAAAGCAUGUUGAUCUUUCCAUCAAUGACACCUCAGUGACCGUGGUGUGGCAUGGCAAAAAUUGGCCCUGUCUAGCGUCCUUGUCAACCUUAGAGUUGUAUGGUCUGACACCAGUUUUUAUGGACUGGUCUAAAAUCCCCACCAGAAAUAGCACGGAUGGUCACAGACCUCGAUGGCACUCCCUGAUUACAAAGUACCACCUGAGCCAUUUAACUGAAUCCAACCUGAUUGGCUGCGACAGACUCGUCCGGGUCUUCUGCCUACACCCUGGCCUUCUGGUGGGGCUGUGGAAGAAGGAGGAAGAACUGGCUUUUGUUAUGGCAAAUCUUCAUUUCCAUCACCUUGUGGAGAGGAGCACAUUAGGCUCAGCCGCAGUCCCCUUCGAGCCGCCCCCUCACAGCCCCUACCUGGACGACAGCCCCGAGUGUGGCCUGCAUGGCUACCAGCUCCACGUCGACUUGCACAGCGGAGGGGUCUUCUUCCUCUGUGGCACAUUCCACAACCUCUUCAUCAAGAAAGGAAUCAUUGAAAAUGGAUAUGUGAAACUCAUUAUCAUAAAUUUUAAAAAUGACAGAGAACACUUACCUCUCAUUGGAAAAGUUGGCUUCUCUUGGAGAACUAAUAUUUUUGAUGGCUGUAUAAAGAGCUGUUUCAUAAUGGACAUAACUCUCUUGGAUGAAUAUGGGAGACCCUUUUGGUGUUUCAGUUCCCCAGUCUGCAUGAGACCUACCACGCCCUCUGAUGGCCCCCGUUUCCUGGGGCAGACGUAUUGUGUGGACUAUGUGGACACGGAAGGACGGGUGCAUGUGGAGCUGGUGUGGAUCGAGGAGACGGAAGAGUUCUUUGUCGUCAGCCUGGUCCUUUACCUUAGCAUAGGGAAAAUAAACCACUGGUUUGGGACAAAAUACUAAAAGUUAGCAGUAGGUGGCAAGUUAGUGUUGCUAUGUAGCUGUUUAUUUUGGACUGCCUAGCUUUGUUCUUGGUUAGAAGUUAAAAUAAAGUAUAUGCUGUUGU